GCGGACGGUGCUGAAAGCUAGCUCCCCAGUCCCCGCCGACCCACCGGAGGAGCUUCGGCCUCGCCAUGGUGUCCUGGAUCAUCUCCCGGCUGGUGGUGCUAGUUUUUGGCACCCUGUACCCUGCAUAUUCUUCUUAUAAAGCUGUGAAGACGAAAAAUGUGAAGGAAUAUGUGAAGUGGAUGAUGUACUGGAUUGUAUUUGCCUUCUUCACCACGGCAGAGACACUGACAGACAUCAUUCUCUCUUGGUUUCCCUUUUAUUUCGAGUUGAAAAUCGCAUUUGUGAUCUGGCUGCUCUCCCCUUACACCAAGGGCUCCAGCGUCCUCUACAGGAAGUUUGUUCACCCAACGCUCUCCAAUAAGGAGAAGGAAAUUGACGAGUAUAUCAGCCAGGCCCGUGACAAGAGUUAUGAAACUAUGAUGCGAGUUGGCAAACGAGGAUUAAAUUUGGCAGCAAAUGCAGCAGUUACUGCAGCUGCAAAGGGCCAAGGCGUUUUAUCUGAAAAACUACGGAGCUUCAGCAUGCAGGACUUGACUUUGAUUCGAGACGAUGACACCGUGCAUUUGCGGAGCCCUGAGCCACGUACGCGUACCUCUGCUGCCGGCCUUCUUGAAACUGUUGAAGAUUCAGGUGCGUCUUGCUAUUCUUCAUCAGAGGAGAUGACACUAACUCAGAGACAUAAUGGAGCCCAGUCUGAUGCCAGAACAGACCCAUCAGAUGAUGAUACAGGAGACAAAGUUCCUAAAAGGACCCAGAGUCUUAAAGCUCCUAAGAAAGUGACAAAGACUGAGCCCCCACAAAAAACUGUGAAAGCCCGCCCUAAGAAGAAAGUUACACCCUCUAGUACUGCUGGCGAGUCAGCCUAAGGACACCCCAGCCUGUCUGUCCCAGGGCUCUUCUGUCAUUUUGAGGGGCGCUCUCCAAGGAAAGGGAGCUGAGAUCAUGUACAUAACAGCUACUGCUUUGUAGAGCUCAUUCCAAGGCGAGGGUGACUGAAAUUUGGCACAAAGAUCAGAGGAUGGCCAUCCUCAGGAAUUAUUUACUCUUCAUCACUGUGAUGGAGAUAAUGCUAAUCUGUUUGUACAUAGCCUGUUGCUUUGGGAUUCCCUCUCUGUGUGUAACCCUAAUAGGGAAACUCCUUGCUGGAACAACUCUUUAAUCAGGGUUAGAGCCGUCUUUGGCAGAGAGGCUGGAAAAAAAAAUCAAGACUGGUGCCACUGAUAUUCUAAUUGGAGGUGGGGAUCUUCCCAUAAUAUUUCAGCAUUUCACUGGAUGUCAUGCUGUAGCUGCUGUGGGAAAUUGUUAGGAAGUGCCUGAAGCGAAGUGACUGGUACUGGAAACUGGGUCAUCCAAACUUGUAUUGGCAGGAGAAAGAGACAGAAGUGAUGGUUUGUUUGGUGCUUUGCAACAUGGGCAAUGGGACACUUGUGAUGACAGUGGGAUUGGGUAAGGUAUUUUUUUCCGGGGGGGGGGGUUACAGAUGUUUUGGGGAGGGGCUGAAGGCAAGAAAGCAAGUGGCUGGCUUCUUUACCAGUAUCUGGUUCCUGUUUCUAAGCAGCCUCUUUUGCUUGAGUGGAAGUGUUGUGACUCUGCUGGUGGUAGGUGUUGGGAAGGUAGAAAUGUUUGCAUGUGGGGUUUUUCCCAAGUAGAAUUAAAGUCAGGGAGUGAGAUGCAAAUGUAGAUGAAUGGCUAGGAAAGCCAUAUGUUGGGGGCAGGGCAGGCUGUGUGCGGAUGCCUGAGCACUUAUCAGUCAGUAUCUUUCCAAAGAGUUGGAAUCCUGAAUAGUCACUGUUUAGCAACCAAGCCUUUUGGCCCCUAUUUCAGAGUUGCCUUUAUAUUUUAGAUUUUACAGGUCAGUCUGUUUUCUGUAAGAACUUUUCCAGAAAGGCAUGUGCGUGGAAGAAGUUGGAGGGUAGAUAGCUGGAUGGUACCCAAGUUUCUGCUGUGUAAACUAUGCUUUAUUUGCACUGAGAAUAUAAGGCUGGAGCUUGAUCAGUGUAGUCUGGUGGGUAGGCAAAAAUAGCAACCCUUUUUGUAGCUUUUCUGAGUGGAGUCUUAUAAGUAGGGAAGUGAUAGGGACAUUCCUAAUGAUUCUGUGGGUGGACAAUGGAUGAGGUUAUGUAACACUCAGGAACUACCCAUUUGUACCACUGCUAUCUUCCACACACACACUGCUAACUCUGGUUACUUUUUAGAGGCAAUAACAUGUGGUAUAUGAGGCCACCUAGUGUUUUGUGAAAAUCAGAGCAGGCUUUUGUGCAGUACUCCAAUCAAAUGAAUGAAUGAAUCCUGAAAAACUUUUCUGUUCCAAACUUUUCUGUUCCAGCUUUAACAUAGCUAGAUAUGAGUAUCUUCAUCUAGGACUAUAGUGCAGGAAUAUUGAAGCAACUAAUAUAUUGAUCAAACUUGCUAUUUUCUAGGCUAGCCCUUAAGAUUAAUUCUUUUCUGAAUAUGUGCCAAAGCCGCCAGCCUUUUAAAAGGUGGAGCAAAUAUAUGAGAUUUCAACACUAUAGAAACCAGGUUUCAGUAACCCUCACUUGCUUUAGGUUUAUUCACAAGACUGUGGAAGUGGGUGGCAGUGUGAGCUGAGUUUGGGUGUGCGACAAAAGGUCUUGCAACUGCUUCACUGUGUGGUUUAAAUCAUUUCCCCCCAGCAUGGGCUGACAUUUACUGCUUCCUAAAAAUAUUUGCUCAGAAGUAAAGCUCUUCUGAGUUCAGCAGGACUUCCUUUAAGCUAACUCUCUUACUUCGUAUAGUUACAGAGUAGGGAGGACCUAUCAUUAAGAUUACAUUGGCAUUUCUGUUCAUUCUCUUACAAAUCAGUUACACAUUUGCAAUUGUGUGUUGCACUUCUAUCUUAGACACCUGGCAGUUCAGCCUCUGCAAGAACAAAGAGAAGGAAUGAUUCUCAUUUUUGCCAUUCUUUUUAUUUUGCAGCAGCAGCUGUUUAAUGCCAAAGACUUGGCAAAUGACAGAAGACAUUUCAUAAUUUGUCAGGCAUGCAACCCUAAAUCUCAGAUUAGCCUUUUAGUAGUUGGAAGAUGACUUUCGUUUGCUGAGUGUGAGAAUGUAUAAACACAUUGUACGUUUUACACAGCUGAUCACUUUUUCCUAGUACUGUGCAAUUUUUCUGAAGUGGUUUUGUUUGAAUUGGCAGUUACAUACAGAACAGCUCCACUUAUAUUUAGAAGAUGAUUGUGGGGGGGGAGUGCAUUUGGAUGCUGGCUUGGCUGUAAGUGAGGCCUUUAUAUUCUGCCAUAUUAGAAUAGGGAGGACAUUCUGCUCCAUAGUGAAAGUAGCACUACUUUAUCAAAUUGCUGUUUAUGUUUAACAACACAUUGUGGCUUUUGUUUGUACAUAUGCCUUGCGUUUUUCACAGCACGUAUAUUAGAGUCUUCCAAGAGUCCUGUGUGAGGCAGUCAUUUUGCAUAGAAAUUGAUGAGCGAGGAUCAUGGUUAGCAAUACUUUCUUAGAUGAAUACAAGGUAUUUUAGCAGUGACCAUCAGCUGUGCUUUUAGGGAGGUGCAAGGCCCUAAAGU